GGUCGGUCGGCUGCCAAGAACGCUGAUCGAAACUCUAUCAAUCUGAGCAAGUAAGGGGGAGUAUUUUGAGAACUCAUUGGCGUUUUAAUACGUUAGAGCGUCGUGAUAUAAAAAAUCGAAAACAAACAGUCGGUGGAUUAAUCAAGAGGACAAACUAUUUUCUUAUUGACACAAGACGUCCUAAUCGUCGUUUCAGUUCAGGCAAUGCGGUUUCGUUCAAGUUCUGACGGUUUUGGUGAUUGUGGAAACUUAUGAAGAAGUUAUUGAUCGCUUGCACGGAAGGUUUUUCACUUUUUUCACGUGCAAGGUAGUUUCUUGGAAGACAGAUUGAAGAAACCGGUGUGCGGGAACGAUUUUUCUCUGCGGUCUGAAGGAUAAGUCUAAAGUUACAAGUUCUGCCAGUGUGGGGUAUCGGCGAAUGUGAUUCGGGGUUUGUUCUCCGGAGAUUUUCUUGAGUGGGAAUUCUUGUUAUGCAACGUCGUUGUUUGUGGCAACAGCUGAUACGUUAGGUUGUUGUGUGGACAACACUACCUCUUUCACAAUGGAUAACCGAGCGCGGGAUUUUGCCAGGCUCAAUUUCUCAAGAUCGAUCCCUCGCUUCAGCAGGUGCUCGCCGACAGAGGUCGCUACAACCCUGAUGUUGAUGUCCGAGCUUGACGAAAAAGAUGCGAUUAGACUCCUAAAAUCGUCUGCUGGGAUCUACUCUGAUCACUUUUUCUCAAUGGAGGAGUCUAUCGAGGAUGCUGUCCGGGACGUGAAUCCCGACCGAGUGCUGUCCCUCAUUUCGCCGACCAGCUAUGACAUCAACUCCAACCUGCAGCUGGCCUUGCCGCCGGAUUUAUUCUUCACAGCAGUGGAUGGCGUCACUGCCAAGCCGAAGGAAUACCGCUGUGCCGCUCAGAUGGUGUACCUUCUCCGCAACAUCGGAGCAAAGAUCAAUGUGCAGGAUGGGAACGGAGACACGCCGUUGUUGAAGUACCUGAAGACUGGCAGCGUGCAGCCCGAUGUCGUGGAGGCCUUCCUCCGAUGUAAUGCUGAUGUCUACCUGUCCAACAAGGUAGGCGAGUACCCCCUGGAAGUGGUGACAGUGUGUCCUGACAUCCCCAAGUCGGUCAAAGACGUCUUCAUGAAAUAUGUGCCUGGAAUCUGGGAGGCUGUGGAGGGGGAUGACGCCAUGAAUGUCCGGAAGCUCAUCAACCAGUGGUGUCGUGUGGACAUUGAAAAGAAUGGGAAGAGUUUGCUGCAGCUGUCUCUGGACAUCGGGACUGAGAGCAUCAUCCGAGUCAUCAGCGGGAUCCGGCCCUCCAUGGAGUUUGCCCACGGGGUGCUGGCUGGGGACACUCUGACUGUGAAGAAACUGCUGUCCACCAGGAAAAAACACAUCAACCUUAACUUCAGAAACAUGGGUGACCGCGGUGCCACGCCCCUCCUCUAUGCACUGGUCCAGGGCCACAGCGACAUGGUGCAGGUCCUGCAGGACCACGGAGCUCGGGUCGACCUCGGCAUGCGAGGCGAUGAGGAGACGGACAUUCCACUGUACUUUGCUGCCUUGGGUUGUGACCCUCCGAUCUGCCCCAGCCUGUUGAUACAGAUCCUGCCCCUAGGACCCAUCAGUAUAGACAAUCUCUUCUAUAAGGGCAAGAACGUGUUGUUCCACUGCAUCGACAUGGAUGUGCGGCCGGAGGUCGUGGAGGGCAUCCUCAUGAAGGGCUCAGCGUAUCUCGUCACACAGAGGAUCAAGGACAACAUCACACCAAGACAAUAUGCCUACCAGAUGUCGUGUGACCCCAUCGCAGAGGUCAUGGAUAAGAUUGUUCUUCGGUGGAUAUUUCAUGAAAACGGUCCCAAUAGGAAGAUCCUGGCUCUCCAUGGCUACGAAUACCUGCCCAUGGCUGUGAAGGAUCUGUCCCAUGCAGACUCUGAAGAAUCCCCCGGUGACGCCUUCUUUAGAAUACUUCCGAUAUACCAGCACCGGAUUGUACAGUUCCACGAGUCAGUCGAGGACUGCGACGUGGAUGCUGUCCGCAUGCUGCUAUACUUCUCAUCACCGGACUACAACCCAGAGUUUGAGUGCUGCCUAGCGGACUCACGCACACAUGGUGAGGGACAACCUCCACUCCACAAGGCUGUACUUCGAGGCUGCUACGAAAUUGUGGAAUUACUGGCGGAGACUCUGGUAUACGAGAAGAAGACCAGGCUGGACUCCAUCAGGGAUCAGUCUUUCAGAACAGCUCUACACUAUGCAUAUGCCAUGGAGAAUGGCAAGGAACUGGUGGACUUGCUGCUGGACUACGGAGCGUCUGAGUUCACCAUGGACAAGGAAGGACGGUCCCCCUUGGCUUUCAAAGAUCGCCGAGGCCAGCAUCUCAUGGAAGCUUUACUGGGCUACCAGUUACUGCAGGAUUUUACUACUCCAGAACCAGACCCUUUUGCAGUCUCCAUGCCAAUCCCCAUCAUCGGGUACCUCCUCAACUGCACGCACACCCAUCACCGCCCCAGCCAGCUCACCCACAAGCUCGCUGCACUUCCAAGUUCCACCACUCCGCGCCGACGCUCACUUCCUGAUGCAAAGAUCAACAAGGUGAUCAGCAAGUCUGCCACCAUAGCGUCUCACAUCGCCAGUCUGCCCGACACAGUGAAGGCCAAGCUGGCCACGAGGGCUUACAAUAAGUGCUCCGCGCUCCCCAGGGAGUACAACCCCUUACCGACGGAUGACUUCGACAGGUACGACUUUGAAGAGGAGGGAUUCGAGACAGGGGGUGAAAAUGAUGACUUGCUUCAUGAACGAGAAAUCAAGAAGUCCUCUUCCUGUGUUGUGCAGUGAUAACAUGGUGUAGGGUUACUUGGCCAGAGCAAUUCCUUUAUUUGUUUUACAGAGUUUCUUGGUCAAUAUGAUCACGUGGUAAAAGGCAAAAUUAUGAUAUAUGUGAAAUGUUUCAUUGAUUUGAAGUUAAAAAGUUUAAGCAAAACCAACUUUAAAUUGAGUUUUUAUGGAAUAAGAAAAUGUGUUUAAGAAAAUGCAUUUUUUAUAUCAAAUGCAUCAUUUACGUAAAAUACUUGUUUUGUAAAUGUUAGGCUUGUAUCAAAGAAAUAACUUUUUUUUAAUAUUUUGUAUUAGGGGUGAAACGAUACAGAAGGUUAUGAUACGAUAUAUAUCACGAUACACAUAUUUAUGUCAUAGCGCAUGGAAACUUCUUGACAAUAAAUAUUUCAGAGCAGGUUCAAAAGGAAAAGCACAUGUUCGUAAUGGCUUUUUUUUAGUAGUGAACUUAAAACGCUAAUUACAACAUUUUCCUAUAUCUGACUGAUAAAAACGCCAGGGGUCAUUAAACGAGUAGUAAGUAAUUUAUUUCAGCAAGUGUAUGUCUUGUAUCGAUACAGAGAAAAAAGGUAUCGUGUAUCGUAUCAAUGCACCAGUGCACCGAUGUAUCGUUUCACCCAUAUUUGGUAUCCUUGGUGAAAGUACUGAUAUGCAUGAUGAGUCACUGUCAGGACUGCGCGGGAAUGUAUACACUAUGUUCUUCUGUCACCCACGCACACAUACAUCAAAGGUGACGUCGUAGUCAUGUGUCUAUUUUGCAUAACUCCUUCAAUGAGUCAGUUUAUGAUUCACUGUAAAAUGGAUGGGAGUGUGUUCUGCAAUGUGAUUGGUUGAAAAACAUUGUAAAAUGGGGUUAAAAAUAAACUUUUCGACAAUUGCAUGCUCUAUAACACCCCCCAAUCAUAAAACACAUACUGUUUAUACCCUAUUUGAAGGUUACUCUGUGCAUGAAUUUUGUCUGAACCCUACCGUUAAAGCAAUGUUAAGGGCACACAGACACAAGGUUAUUGUUCAGAGCACACAGACACAAGGUUAUUGUUCAGAGCACACAGACACAAGGUUAUUGUUCAGAGCACACAGAUACAAGGUUAUUGUUCACAGCACACAGACACAAGGUUAUUGUUCAGAGCACACAGACACAAGGUUAUUGUUCACAGCACACAGAUACAAGGUUAUUGUUCAGAGCACACAGACACAAGGUUAUUGUUCAGAGCACACAGACACAAGGUUAUUGUUCAGAGCACACAGAUACAAGGUUAUUGUUCAGAGCACACAGACAAAAGGUUAUUGUUCAGAGCACACAGACACAAGGUUAUUGUUCAGAGCACACAGAAAAAAGGUUAUUGUUCAGAGCACACAGACGCAAGGUUAUUGCACAUGUUGCGCACGGAUGUAUAUUUAUCACAUGCGUGUGUUUCCAUGGAUGAUGGUUGGUUGGUUGGUUUGUUGUUUAACGCCGCGCUCAGCAAUAUUCCAGCUAUAUGACAGCGGUCUGUAAAUAAUCGAGUCUGGACCAGACAAUCCAGUGAUUAGUAUCAUGAGCAUCA